CCCCGCUUUAUAGCAGCCGCGGCCGGGCAGGGAGAGGGACCGACACAGCCCGGGCCGAGCCGCGGAGCCUGACCCCGCCGCCCCCCCACGACCGCCGGCUGCUCCGGACAGCUGGUAUCUCCUGCACCGCUAACUUCUCCCCGUGGCUCCUCAGACUCCAGCUCCAGCUCUGCUCCUAAAGCCCCGCUAGCCAGGUGGCAUGAAGCUGGAGCCGGGGCUGAGCAGCGACCCGCAGCUGCAGUUCAUGUUGGCGACGGAAAAGGAGUUUGAGGAGAUCCUGGCCAUGUCGAAGGGCAUCUACGGGGGCCUGGAUUAUCUCCCCAGCCGCUACCACGCCUGGAUCCGCGAGCCAAACCGCACCGUGGUGCUGGCCAAGAAGAAUGGACAAGUGAUCGGGCUGCAGUCGGUCUGCGUGGUGGACGCCGGGGAGACGGCGCUGGUGGAGGGGCUGCGCGUGGCACCCUGGGAGCGAGGCAAGGGCGUGGCCGGCGUCCUGCAGCGGUUCUGCACCGAGCUGGUCAAGGAGCAGCAUCCCGGAGUGAAAGUGUCACGGCUGACACGGGACGACAAGCUGGGCCCCAAGGACUUCAAGAAAUACCGGCUGAUCACCAAGCAGGGCAUCCUGCUGGUGCGGUUCAACGCGGCGGAGCUGCUGGCCCGGCUGGACGCUGCUGUGGCCCAGCUGCGGGCAGGCGGCUUCCAGCUGCUGCCCACAGAGUCGCUGGAGCCGGGCGAGGUGCGGGGCCUGGUGCUGAGCCCGACCUUCCAGAGCGAGGUCCUGCCCAACCGCACCAUCAUCCAGGACUGGCAGCCCUACAAGCCCAGCGAGCCCAACCUGGCCCUGCUGCAGCAGAAGCAGCUGCACUGGGUGGUGGAUUGCAAGGCCCGGCCCACGGCUGCCUCCCUCUGCACCCAGCCCUUCCCCAUCCCGCUGGGCGAGGACUGGGUCUACCUCAACAUCGACGCCUUCGGCUGCCACCCCGCCCACCUGAAGAGCCAGCUGCUGCACCACCUGCGGGCCCGCCUGCCCGCCCUGCGGGGCAACGUCAUGUGCCAGCUCUUCCUGGAGCCCAGCCUCUGGGGGGAGCUGGCCGAGUUCUGCCGGGCCGGCCUGCGGCUGGAGCUGGCCAAGGGCUACACCGAGCAGUACCUGCUGGAGGCGGAUAUCUAGGGAGCUGGGGGGCAGGGGGAUACUCCCCCCACCACUUCCUGGCCCCCCAGAAGCACUUUCUGAGCCUUGUUUCCCAUCCCCCCCAACUCGUUCCUGGCCCCCUAGAGGAACUCCCCUAGGAGACGUGACCCCCACCCACUCGCUUGGCAAGCCCUAGCGACGGUCGAUGGAGCUGAGCAACGGUCGGCAUGGUGAUGGAGCCUAGUGAUGGUUGGUCCUGCAACAGAGCCCAGUGAUGGUUGACAGUUGACGUGGUGCCAGGGCCCAGAUGGCUGGCAUGACAAUGGAGCCCAGUGACCGUUGAUGGAUCUUAGCAACAGUUGACAUGGCGAUGGAACCCAGUGAAGGUUGACAUGGCGAUGGAGCCCAGUGAUGGUUGAUAGAUCUUAGCAACAGUUGACAUGGCAGCAGAGCCCAGUGAUUGUUGAUGGAACCUAGCAACAGUUGACAUGGUGUUGGAGCCCAGAGAUAGUUUGCAGGGCAACAGAGCCCAGUGAUGGUUUAUGUAGCCUACCAACAGUUGUCAUGGUGACGGAGCCCAGUAAUGAUUGAUGUAGCCUACCAACAGUUGUCAUGCUGAUGGAGACCAGUGAUGGUUGAUGUAGCCUAGCAACAGUUGACAUAGUGACGGAGCCCAGUGAUGGUUGGCAUGACAAUGGAGCCCAGUGACAGUUGAUGGAGCCUAGCAACAGUUGACAUGGUGACGGAGCCCAGUGAUGGUUGACAUGGCAAUGGAGCCCAGUGACAGUUGAUGGAGCCUAGCAACAGUUGACAUGACAAUGGAGCCCAGUGACGGUUGAUGUAGCCUAGCAACAGUUGACAGCAACAGAGCCCAGUGAUGAUUGAUGGAGCCCAGCAACAGUUGAUGUGAGAAUGGAGCUUGGUGACAGUUGGCAUGGCAAAAGGUCCCAGUGAUGGUUGAUGGAGCCUAGCAACAGUUAACAUGACAACGGUGCCCUGCAAUGGUUGACAGACCCUCCCACAGGCUGCUGGAUCCCAGAGAUGGUCGCCAUGCUGACGGAGCCCUAGCAAUGGCUGCUGGAAACCCAUGUGCAGGGCUCAGCUCUCCCCUCUCCCCAAAAAACCUGCCUGGAAGCCAGGCCUAGAGCCCCCCUGCCCCCCAGUGAUGCCUCUAAACUGAGUAACGUGCAAUAUAGAGUCUCAUAAACGGAGAUAUAUUUAUAAAGUUGCCUGCAACACGAAUCCUCCCCUCUCAUCGUGCCAUUAGAGCCCCCCCCCAGCGUUAGAGCCCAUCCCCCCAUCCCAUCACUGGAUCCCCCCCCCCCCGGCACUACACACUAAACCCUCCCCCACCCCAGCACAUUCUCCCACCCCCGGGAGAUCAGGAGCAGGGAUCCCGUCUCCCUCCCUCGGGGCAGUAACUUGGGGGGUGCCCCUCACGCCUGCUUUGCCUUUGCUGUCCCAGGUUGGGCUAAGCCCACCGUAUUAUUAAUGCUAGUCUCUGAUCCAGGUUAGAUCAGCGAUCCCCCCACCUCAACUCCAGGGCUGGCACAGAAUGGGGGGGGCUGGGGGCCCUGGUUUCUUACCCCCCCAAGCUGUGAUUCCCUCCCCCCAUCCUGUGUGGCAAUA